GUUCAGCGCAGGUCGCGGCCGUUGGUGCUCGCGGCCACUGCUUGUGCGAUGGUGAAUGGGAGGCGCUUCCACGAUGAGUUCGAGAAGUGCCUGGCGGACUACGACGACCACGCAGCGGGUGCCGGGGAUGUCUUCGAGGCUCUGAAGACCGCCGCGGCCGCCAGCCCGGAGGACGGCCUCUUCUCUGACCGCUUCAACAAGCGGCUGCUGCGGGCGGCCAACCGCAAGGACCUCGCCGACAAGAAACUGACGAAGGCCAAGCGGGUCGUCAAGGCGCGCAAGCACAACCUCAAGCUCAAGGGCCUGCGAGCGAAGGUGGCCACGAGCGGCGUAGGGAAGUACGCCGUCGAGGCGAAGAAGACCGACAAGGUCAAGCUCGGCGCUGUGACGGCCAGGGCGGCGAACAGACUGGCCGCGAAGCGGUUCCAGCUCUCGCUCGCCGGCGCCGUGGGGGCGCUGACCGGCAAGAACGCCCUCCUCUACUUGGAGCAGGCGUUCGCGGACGGCACUGUGCCUGGUGUGCUCACAACCGCCCGCUCCGUGAUGGGCCCCGGGGCGCUGGCCUUCUUCGCCGCCGUGGGCGGCCGCGCCUCGACCAGCACCGGUGCAGCCGCCGUCAAGCAGGCGACGCUGUCGGACGACUGGGACUUCUCCGCGGCGCAGCUCAACCGCCUGCGCCGGCUGCUCGGGAGGGUCAACGGCAAGGGCUGGGGGGCGGCCAAGGAGGCGGUGGCGAGGGCUGCGGAGCGACUCGCGGGGUCGUCCGCUGUGGUGGUGCAACGCCUCGCCUGCGAGCUCUCGAAGCUGGUGCACUUCUCGGCGACGCGCGGGAAGGGCAAGAACUACUGGCGCAGAGCGCUGGAGGCCUUCCGCUGGGUCCCGACCCCCAAGCGCAAGGCGGCUCCCAAGCGCGCGGCGCCCCCCAAGGACCAGGCCUGCUCCGACGAGGAGUGGGAGGACGAGGUAGCCUCGCAGGCGAGCUGCGCUAGCGCCCCCGACCUCGCCGCCCCGGGCCAAGCCAGCGAGCUCUCAGAGGGCGACGACUGA